GGACCUCCAGCUUCUCAACCAUAGCGUCUCCUCUCUUUCUACUUUCUACACUCAGCAUUUCUUCUGGCCAUCCUAUUUCACCCCACCAUGUCUCGUCAGUCCACUGUCACCUUUAAGACAGGUAGCCGAAGGGGCUUCAGUGCUGCUUCUGCCACCACCCCCUCUGCUGGACGCUCCCGCUUUAGCUCUGUCUCCGUGGUUCGCUCAUCGGGAGGCCAUGGAGGGCUGGGGAGGAUCAGCGGUGUUGGGACUGGCUUUGGUAGUCGAAGUCUCUAUAAUCUGAAUGGCUCAAAGCGAAUCUCUAUCGGUGGGUCCAAUAGUGGCUUCCGGAGUGGAUUUGGUAGGAGAACAGGUGUAUAUGGCUUUGGUGGUGGCAUUCAAAGUGGACUUGGUUUUGGAGCUGGGGUUGGAGGUGGUUAUGGGGGUGCUGGGUUUCCUGCCUGCCCCCCUGGUGGCAUUCAAGAGGUCACUGUGAACCAGAACCUAUUGGCUCCUCUCAACCUGCAAAUCGACCCCACCAUCCAGAGGGUGCGCAAGGAGGAACGAGAGCAGAUCAAGACCCUCAACAACAAGUUUGCCUCCUUCAUUGACAAGGUGAGGUUCCUUGAACAGCAGAACAAGGUACUGGAUACCAAAUGGACAUUGCUCCAGGAGCAGGGUGUGAAGACCGUGAAGCAAGAUGUGGAGCCAGUUUUUGAAGGCUACAUCAAUAAUCUCCGGCGACAUCUAGACAUUGUCACAAAUGAAAAGGGGAGGGUGGACUCUGACCUGAGGAACAUGCAGGAUGUUGUGGAAGAUUAUAAAGCCAAAUUCGAAGAUGAAAUUAACAGACGCACAGCUGCUGAGAAUGAGUUUGUGGCCCUGAAAAAGGAUGUUGAUGCUGCCUAUAUGGACAAGAUGAAAAUGGAAUCCACAGUCAACUCCCUUCAAGACGAGAUAAACUUUCUCCAAAUACUGUAUGAUGCGGAGAUAGACCAGAUGCAAACUCAGAUCUCAGACACUUCUGUGGUGCUUUCUAUGGACAAUAACCGAAGCCUGGACCUGAACAGCAUCAUCUCUGAGGUCAAAGCUCAGUAUGAGGACAUUGCCAAUCGCAGCCGAGCAGAGGCAGAGUCUUGGUACCAGACCAAGUAUGAGGAGCUUCAGGUGACAGCUGGACGCCAUGGAGAUGACCUUCGCAACACCAAGCAUGAGAUCUCUGAGAUGAAUCGGGUGAUCCAGAGGCUGAGAGCCGAGAUCGACAGUGCCAAGAAGCAGUGUGCCGAUUUGCAGACAGCCAUCACCGAUGCUGAAGAGCGUGGUGAGAUGGCUCUCAAGGAUGCCCGGGCCAAGCUGGUAGACCUUGAAGAUGCCCUACAGAAAGCCAAACAAGACAUGGCGCGUCAGCUUCGAGAGUACCAAGACCUGGUGAAUGUCAAGCUGGCCCUGGAUGUAGAGAUCGCCACCUACAGGAAGUUGCUGGAAGGGGAGGAAUACAGGUUGAGUGGAGAGGGAGUUGCACCAGUUAAUAUCUCUGUGGUCACCUCUACUGUCUCCAGCGGCUAUGGCAGCGGCAGUGGUGUUGGCGGCACCAACCUGGGCUUGGGUAGGGGUACCAGCUAUUCCUACACCACCAGCGGUGGGCACAGCCUAGGUGGAGGACCGGGGAGCCCUGGCUUCAGCGCUAGCAGUGGCCGGGGCCUAGGAGGCAGCUUUGGCAGUGGCAGUAAUUCCAGCAUUAAGUUUGUCUCCACCACCUCCUCUAGAAAGAGCUACAAGCAUUAGAUGUCCUCCAUCAAUAUCUCUCCCAAUUUCACUUCAUUCUCAAUCUUGGACUAGCCCUCUUGCUACUGUCCACAUUCAGGGGUUAUCUCUCCACUCCCAGAUGUGUAGGUCUUUUGGUAUUCUUUUCUCUCUCUUGCCAGCCAUCCAUCUACCCAUUUGAUACACUUUUGAUGCUGCUGAGGAGCUGGGAGUCACAAUCACACCUAGGUCUCUAACCCCUAGCCUAGCCAUUGGUUGGUUCUCAGAUAAGUCUUAUUCUACUCAUAGGGACAGUUGCCAAAGCCUCUCUCUUUCAAAACAGCUCAGUUCAAUAAACCUUUGCUAUGUGCAAGAAACAGUGCUGAUUCCUGGGAUGUCCAAGUCCCAAUUCAGCUUUAGAAUAUUCCCUUUAGGUUUCUCUACAUGCAAGAAGAUAGGGGGAUUUGAAUUCCGAUGCCAUUUCUCCCAGGCCAUUUCCACAAGUGCUUUCAAAUGAGUUCCUCUCCCAGAAACAGUCUGUCUAACUGACACAACUGAUGUCAUUUUGUUGGCCACCCCAUCCUAUAGUGCAUAUAAGCUGCUCCCUGAGGGUAUUACCUCCUUCCUUUGCCUUCUAGGAAAUUGUCUAUUAAAAUGCAUGUAUAAGAUAUGUAGGCUCAUGGAUUCUGUUUGGAUGGUGAAAGGCAUCAAGAGAAACUAAGGUAUGCAUCAACUGCUCAGUCUAAGGCCCAAGGACUGACUAGGUAAUUGAUAUCCUGCUUCCUCUUCCAAGACAUGAAAGGUUCGGAGGAGAAGGAGGAAAAGGAUGUGGAUGGGCAGAGAAGGGGAAGGUUAUUUCAGGGAAAGGGAAUGAUUAGUGUAAAGGCCAGUCUUCUCUCUUAUUCACAUAUUCCUCAUCCCACCCUGUCUAUCUUCCCAAUUCCCCAUCUCUCACUGAAGAUGGCAUUGUCCUAGAACAGAGACCCUGCUCCCAUUUCACAAUGCCUUCCAGGUUAAGGGCAGGAUUCUGUUCCCCUCCCAAACAGAAAAUUUGUUGCACAACAGCUGUUGUAGAGUGGCCCAGCCCUCUACUCCAGAAAGGCAGUAAAGGGACAGAUUGUUCCAAGACAGCUUCCAACGUGCCAACAGGAGUGGAGAAAUAAUAGACCAGGGAAAAGAGUUAAAAGCCAACCCCAGGGGCAAAGUUUUCACAAAAGAGAGAGUUUAGGUCCUUAAUUGUUAGACAUAUCCAGGAAUCUAGCAAAUUCCCAAGUUUACAAGCUUCCCAGACCCUUUCAUUAGGGCUUGGCCAAGGGUGUGGCUAAAAUGGAAUAAUCUCCAGGAGAGUGGUAGUAGUGAUGGGGAGGGGGUUGUAGUCAAAAUGUCUCAAAUAGAAAGCAUUUUCAGGGACCCCUAGUCUUGGGUGGCUAAAGGGGUGAGAGGGAUUUUCCUAGGACUAGGGUCUAAGAAAAAAUCAAUAUGAGGAGAAUAUUAAAUCACCAAGGGCCAAGGGAUGUGUGUGUGUGUGUGUGUGUGUGUGUGUGUGUGCGUGUGUGUGUGUGAUGGAGAAGGGGGGAGAUACAAAACAUACAGCACUAAGGAAAAUUUUCAAAAGUUCUUUCAAUCUCCAUGGGUAAAGAGCUAAGAACCAGGAAUAAAGGACUAAGAACAAAGGGUGGAAAGAAUAAAGGGAAAGAACAGCAGCAAAACAAUGAGAACUGAGUGCCAUGAAACGAUAAUGGCCAAACUCGGCUCCCAAGGAGAUAUGAGAAGGUACAUGUCUCCUUUCUUUGUAGAGAUGGGUGAUGAUGGAUAUAGAACACUGCAUAUAAUGUCAGAUUUGGUGACUCUGUUGGUCAGUUUUACUGGACUGUUUUUCUUUCUCUGUUUUGUAUUUACUGUUAUAAAGGAUGGCAGGGAAGAGAUAUUUUUGAAAAUGUAUGUUAA